CCAGUAAACCGAAUGUUUUAUUUGGCGCUGCCGCCUGAUGUUUUUGAAGAUGUUACUCUUCAGAUCAGCAAGAACUGCAUGGACAAGGGUGGUUCAUGGACGCGUAUUAUCAUUGAGAAGCCAUUUGGCCACGAUUCCGAAUCGUCGGCGAAGCUAUCUGCACAUUUGGAGCAGCUCUUUCGGGAAGAUCAAAUUUAUCGCAUUGACCAUUAUCUUGGCAAAGAAAUGGUCCAGAAUCUCAUGAUUCUCAGGUUCGGUAACAGGAUUUUUAACCCUUCGUGGAAUCGUGACAAUAUUGCUGCGAUUGUGAUUACGUUCAAAGAAAAUUUUGGAACACAGGGUCGCGCUGGUUAUUUUGAUAAGAGCGGCAUCAUACGUGAUGUUAUGCAGAAUCAUUUGAUGCAAAUUCUGACGCUGGUUGCGAUGGAGAAACCCGCCAGCUUAAACGCUGAGGAUAUACGCGAUGAAAAGGUAGGUAGUAAAAAGGAUGAAAAGCGCUUUUAUCGGACUACCUGUGCAUUCGAAAGCUUUGCUGAUUGCGUAUCCUGA